AUGGUUUCUUCAGGUGAUGAGAAUCACUCGUACAAGGGUGCUCCGUUUCUUGUUGACAAGGGUUGUUCGAUCCAAGCUGUUAUAGACCUCCCGGAAAACGACGCUGUAUUCAUGAAGUAUCUUGAUGCUUAUGCUAGAAAUUUCGACAUUGAAGCCGAAAACUCCGUCUUGAAGCAUACUGGACCUGGAAUCUUGAGCAUGAUUGGCAAAAACCGGUUGUUCAUUUCCACCAAAAAGGUACCGAGGUUAAAAUACAAGUAUGUUGUGUUUGGACAAGUAAUCCAAGGUAUGAAGCUUGUGAGGGUAAUUGAGUCUCAGCCCAGUUUCUCUUACGGUCCGUCUGCUCCCAAGAAAGACUGUAGAAUAUAUGCAUGCGGACAACUCCCAAUGGAGACUACAAUGUAA